GAGGUACACUUGGGCAACAGAUUGCGAGAAACGAGCAUCGUUUUGUGGAAUCGAAAUUUUAAUCUCGAGCUUCGUACAGUUAGAAAUUCGAACGUCACGUGACACGGUGUUAAACAGCAGAGAGAGAGAGAGAGAGAGAGAGAGAGAGAGAGAGAGAGAGAACAGGUGGAAAUCAUUUAAUCGACGCCUACAACCAGAGAAUAUUUCAGCUGAGUUAGUUGUAGCAGAAACAUCGGUAAAAAAUGAGUUGCUGUAGAAGGCCGACGACGAAGAAAUCGACCAAGAAGUUGAAUUUUUGUCGUAAGAGCGUGUACAGCCAACCGGACAGCUACUCCGACAGCUCAUCGUACUCGUCAGACUCAUCAUCGUCUUUCACGUCCUCGGACAACAGCUCCUUUUGUUCCGAGUGCGACUCUUACGAUUGCGAUUGCUACAACUGCACCAGCCCUCCGAAGAGGAGAAAGGGCAAGGGAAAGGUUAAAGGACAAACCUUACGAACCACGAAGAAUUCAAAGACCUUGAAGACCUCGAAGACGUUGAAACCCGAGAAAUCACCGAGCACCGUGGUGAAAAACUCGAGGAAGAAGCCGGCUCGUCGGACGAAACGAUCCUCUUCAUCCUGCGGUUGUUCGGAUUGCAGCUGCUCGGACGCGUCCAGCAGCGAUGACGAUUGCUGUGGUUGCGUGUCGAACAAACCUCGCCGUAAAAUGUGCACCUAAUUAAAUCCUAUCCCCGCUCCCAGAAUUACCCGUGUCAUCGUCGAUCGUCGAUCCAUAUUUUACGUCGCGCGCUCAAUUAUUUAUAAGUCACGGUAUUCACCCAAUUAUUCAUUCCUUGGCCGUAAUGUCACGGCGUUAUAUUUAUAUAUUAGGAGCAAGUCACUUAAAAUGCGAUAUUGUAAUAAUCAAUUUUAGAAGGCAGUCUAUAGCGAUAGGAGAAGCUUCUGAAGCUUCGGCCGCCAGCACUGAGAGUGUUGUUUUAAUUUUUAAGUGACCAACUAUGUACAAUGUUAUUUUAUCAAUAAAGCUGUCCAUUCGUAAGAAA